UCGAGAACAGUUUUGAAGAGUUCGCGAUGUCUUGGUUUUUUUUUUAUUUUUCAAUAGUAUAAUAUAUAUUUUCAGGCACACUGCUUAAGCUCUAAGAUGCCAAGGGUAUUUCCUAAUCUUAAUUAACGACUAACUUAAAACUAGAAUAGUAUCAUUAGAUUAUGUCGUCUAGAAUUUUUGAAAAAAGCUUUUAGCUGGUAUUCGGCAGGUGUCGCGCGAUGUCUUGGUGAUUUGACGUGCAGUGUUGUGUGAUUAAGAAAUCGAAAAAGUGCUUAGCAGUGCGUUGAGCCGUGUGUUGUGACUGUCAUAUACUUAGAAGCUUUAUGACACCUAUAAUAAAAAUCAUCACCUCAGUUUGUGAUGCAUACUUGAGUAGCUUGCCGUUCUCCGAUGCUCAGAUGAUGCUAAUAACUCCUCGACAAGGACGUCCAAAGAUAUUGUGAAAUCGAUACUGCAUAUGAAUGCACUCAGUAUUGCUGGAUGCUGCAAACAUCAGAGAUCUAAACGCAUCCAGAAGUGAAUAAGCCACGAGUGUCAGCUAUGAAGAGCCGCAGAAGGAAAACGUAGGAAAGAAAAGUGCUUACUGCCGUCAUAACCUAUCCACUGCUAGGCCGCCGAAACUCACAUCAGCCGCAGAUUCCAAGACGAAAAGGCCCGCUCUUCGACCGAGUGUAUGGACAGAGAAAAUGAGGUGAAGUGUGUUUCGCAGUCCUAGAAAGGAGUUAUUUUAAACUACUUCACGGGGAACAGAGUGUGUUUUGCUGUUGUUGCUAAAAAUAAGGUGUUUUAUGUAAAACAAAAAUAAAUGGUAGCAUCAAGAAAGGUGAGGGAAGUUGAUAGUGACGUUGGAAAAAGUCAAACGAAAGUGAAGUGAAUUGUGAUUGUUUUCGAGCAGACGCGAGAAUAACACGGAUUGCAGGAAGUCUUGCCUACGGAAUAAGUUGUCAAAUACAACUGCCGGACUUCAAAAAAAAAAUUAUUGAGGAUUAGAACUACAGAUUUUCCGUUUCGAUGUUGAUCAAGUGGAUGAGAAGUAUCAGUUAUAAAAUGACCGAUUGAUGCCUGUUUUCAAAAAGGUGAGCACCUGCUGUAAACGAGGCUGCGUUGGGCGCUAAAUAAUCAGUUGCUGGCCAUACAAAACGACUUACUGGUUUCCGGAUCCAGGUGUCGGAAGUACCGGAAAUUCUGAGCCUACAAUUUCAAUCAUCACCCUGACAUACCUUGUUCACCAUCCACGCUAAGACCCUCGCAGACAUACUGACAACAUAACGAUGGUGUGAACUCGAAAAUCAAGCUGCAUCUGUGAACGGAUGUCGGUGGGUAGCACGGAAACAGACCCAGCAUCAACCCUCGGACGAGUCGCUAGUAAUAGCGGGAAACCAGUUGGCAGACGGAGGUACAACUCCUCCCGCGAUUGAGCGGGUUAUGACGAAACUCAUUCUGUUGCAUGUGCUGGGCACACUGCUAGGACCGUUGAUUGUUUUGACGUUGCUACUAACGACACCGGACAGUUGCGCUGGCCAGCGUGAAUCACAGCUUCGGCUAGGGAAAGCAAUCAACAUCUUUAUCCGUUAUGGCUAUCUUUCGAUUUCGAUGAAGGUGAUCUCGUACAAUGACAGCGAGACGUGGCUGUUCAAGGAGCCGACGAAAAAUAUUUUCAAGGGCUUGGAUCAGCUUAAUACCGAGGAGUAUGAAGUGAAACCAGGCAUCUUCAACGGUGACUUUCACAUGGAGUUUUGCGACAAUAAGCGCCAGUUGUUUCAAGCCUACUUCAGAGACUUCCAGAUCGAACGACUAGACAAUCCUUGGCGGGCAUACACGGAAGGCUGGCACACAGAAAUCGCUGCUAAGAAGUUAGGAAUUCAAAGCAAAUAUCUGGAGCGGGACGAUUACUGCUACGUGUUGGUUCGAGUUUCCCGAUUCCGAGACAGUGCCAAAUUUUCAAAACCCGUUCCACCUAACCAAGUGCUGGAGAACGAUGUUCAGCGAAAAGUACAAAGUGUAGCUGUCGGAGAUACGACCUCUGCUGUUCAGUUCAUGAAUAAAUACGGAACUCAUUACAUAAAUUCUUACGUGACAGGAAAUUCACUCUACCAAGUAUUUGUGUUCAACAAGCGAAACUACGCACACAUAAAAGAAAAAUUAAAAUCACGAGGAGUGCUGGCACUUUCCAAAGUGGACCUGUACGACCAUUUUGCUCCAUGGUACGUGGAACAUAUGGGUAAGAUACGGUGUGCAAGUGGGAACACCACAGUGGAAUCUUGGGCAUCCCGGAAACUUCGACUGUCUUACUAUGUUUUCACCUAUAGUAGUUUGCUCAAGCUGCACGGUGAUGGAGCGCUGUUGCGAAUAUUGAGCGAAUUGCUGCAGAACGAAGCUAUUCUGCAGUUGGAUCUGAAGUCGCUUAGUGUGAUUUUCAAAGAACCGACCAAGCGGGCAUGGUUUGAAGAAAUAUUAGAUAACUAUCUUAAACUGUGGGAGGUGAAUAUGUAAAUUGAUCAACAGCACAAUCGUAGGAUUCCUACACAUCCUAAAUAGCUGGCAUAAAACAAGUUAGUCAUAGUGGAACAACAUUAACUGAUAAAUAUGAGGAACAACUCCAAGUGAGAAACCAAAGUAAAGUUUUAGUGCGAUGAGACCAACUGAGUACUGCUAGAUUGUUAUUAAAUUAACAACGUUCUUCCAUAGAGUGGUACACAAGUAGAUUGGCAGGAAACACUUGCCAUGAUGAUACUAGAAAUAAUACAUUUUAUCGUAUUGCACAUAAAUUUUCUUCGGAAAAAUCUAUCUGUUUGGACGUGAUCAUUGAGAUUCGAACAGGUUGCUAACAACUAAAAUCAACGUGAUUACUUUCAAAAACACGUCCGUAGUUGUCAAAAUUUUAAAAUGUCAUCGGAAUAUGUCAAAUACGAUGUCGAAUUAUUGCUUUUUAGGUGUACUGUUCUUCUAAAGUCAAAAAAUUGUCUGUUCUAUCCUGAAAGAGUAUUAGGUCUCUACGAUACCAUAGCCAUAACAAGCGGAUUGAGCCGUCAAUUCCAUUCAAUUAAAAAUUUACUCAUUUUGUUCAACUUUCUUCAAUUCGGUUACUAAAACACCUUUUCUGGGCCACUCUGAAGUGCACUUGUUUAUAAUCAAAAUCCCCAUUGAUUUAGAUGGACUAUGAACGCAGUUUUUUAAACGUUCCUGGGAACAAUACGAUCAAAAUCGUUGAUUAGUUCGUGACCCCACGGCACAUUCUUAGCAUUCCAGCAUUGUUUUUUUUUUAAAUUCCGUUAUGAGUCAAACAAAUUUUCCUUUAUGAGAAAUAUGUAUCCGUGUUCCAGUGACUUACAUGCGAACUUAUCGUUAAGUGUAAUGUCGAGUUUGGAACGUGAAUAAUUGCACGAUUAGAGAAUGAAUGACAAGCGACUCUGCUUCCUUUAAUUGACAUUUUGUCACGAUAUCUGAACAGACACGUCUAAAGAAGGAUGUUGAAACAGUACACGUGCACUCGUUUUGAUACACUCGACUAUCCGAACGUCACGAAUCUAUAAUUCUAGCUCGAUUGCUUUUAAACUUUUGCUGAAUACCAAAGCAUACUUGAAAUGUCAUAGUGCUGGGGAACACCGCUAUCCUAUAGAUUAUAAUAGAAUAUGAAAAGGUCCCUGACAAGAAACCUCAGAAUACGAAUACAUCGUAUAGUUUUGGUUAAAAUAUUUAAGAAUGAAAAAGGUUGCUCAUUUGAAAUAAUAUAACAAGAUGUCGAAAAUCCAAUUGAAUUAAAGCAGAAUUUUUAGGGGUUUUACUAAAAUAUGUAGGGAAAAUUGAAUAUAGGGGUAUCGUCACGGUAAAAUCGGCAGAACUAAUAAAUUGCAUGAAACAGUCUCAACUAAGUAUUAAAUUUUCUUGGAGUGCCAAGUAACCAGAGAUAGAGUAUGUAUGUAGUUAGUUAGACAAAUCAGUAAAAUGCCAGAUAAAUAACAAGUAAAGAAAUAUAAACAAACGAUUUGAACUACUACACAGCUGUGAUAGAUUAGACAAUAAAUAAAUAAAUAACUAAAUAACUAAAAUAUCCGGCGGCCAUUUGGUGGCUUGACUAUAUUGAAAAAGCAAUAGAAUUGCUUACACAUACCGUAACUAAUCAAGGAAAACCAUAUCACGAGCUCGCUUAUCGUGAUUUCAAGAAGACACUUUGAUCAAUUUUAAUUGCAACAUUAGCAGCAGAAGGCACUUGUUCUUCUGAUUAGGCACGAGAAGUAAAUUCUAUUUGAGGGCGAGCAUUUAAUUCGUGCAAUGCGAGUAAACAAUUACCGGAACCGAUAUCGAAUCAAGGUGUAACUUAAUUAGAUGUUGCAAAUUAUAACAUUUCUCAAGUACUUGUAAAUAUAUAUUCUAAAAAAAAGCAAAACGAAUAAAAUUAAAUGACAUAUCGUA